AUGGCAGUGGGUCUUGACACUGGGUCCCAUUGGUCAUGUGUGAAGCAGGAUUCCUUCUUUCCAGCUGAUUUGCAAAGAUGCAGUCUACGUAACAAAGAGUACAUUGUUGGAACUGUAAUAUUUACUGGACACGAGACAGAGGUAAUGAUGAAUUCCAUGAAUGUUCAUUCCAAGAGGAGUACACUGGAGAGGAAACUUGACAAAGUAAUAGCUACACAUUUUGGUGUUCUUCUCUCCUUGUGUUUAAUUAGGGCCUUAGGCAGUGCUGUAUUUGUAAACAACAAGUAUCACUACUUAAUGCUUUGGGUUAAUGGUGACUCCCAACAGUUCAAUCCAAGCAACAGAUUUGUGCCAUAUGUUGAUGAGCCUUGGAAUAUUGGCCUCCAAGUUACAGAUAUGGGAAGCUUAUCUAACAUGACUGUUCAAUCCGAUAAAUAUGGCCUCCGGGUUGCUAUUAAUGCCAUUGGAGAUAAGGCCAAUGACUUGAUCUUGGAUAUGUAUAAAUCAGUUGUGUCAACAUUUGAGUCAUGGAAGUGCAACCAAGUUUGUUUGCUUCUUGCUUCCAAUCUAUGUCAGAUAACAAUGGAGAUUGAUGGAUGUCGGUUAAUAGCCUCUUCUGGAGCGUAUAAAGCACUUGUAGAAUCCGUGCUAAGUAAGGUCACGGAAGAGCUUGAGAAUCGCAUCACUAGUCAAGUUGAACUGGUAAAGCUUCUUAGCUAUGUUGUUUCCUAA